CGUGAACGCAGCAUCAAACGCAAAACAGGCUCCUCCCAUACCAGAAGUAGAAUCACCUCCUGCGUUUGUUGCUGAAUGAUCCCGCAAGGAUAGCGGUCUGUAGUGGAAAGUCGGUGUCAGGGAAGCAGCAUGCUGGCAGCGCAGACAGAUCGGGUCAUGGCACUGGGAGAAUGGGAGGAACGCUGGCAGGAGGGCAGAAUUGGCUUCCAUCAGCUCCACGUGCACAAAAUGCUGGAGAGCAACAUUGAUAAAGUUCUUGCUGGCCGGACCGGAGUUCGCUUCUUCUUCCCUCUGUGUGGGAAAGCUAUCGAUAUGAAGUGGCUAGCAGACAUGGGCCACUCAGUCGUCGGGGUGGAAGUGGCAGAGAAGGCCAUCAGGGAGUUUUUUCAAGAGAGCAACCUGACCUACAGCGAGGAACCUGUGCCUGCCAUACCCGGGGCAAAGCUUUACAAGAGCUCUGAGAGAAACAUCUCCUUAUAUCAGUGUGACAUUUACAGUUUCUCCAGUUCCAUUGAGGGCCAGUUUGGGGCUAUUUGGGACAGAGGGUCUCUAGUGGCCAUCAACCCAAGAGACAGAGAAAAGUACGCUUCUCUUAUUAUGUCUCUGAUGGCCAAGGACUGCAGAUACCUCUUGGACACUUUGCUCUACAAUCCUGAACUAUAUAAAGGUCCUCCCUUUUUUGUGCCCGAUGAGCAAGUGCAUAGUUUGUUUGGAAGCCACUAUGAUAUUGAGCUGCUGCAGUCGGUGGAUGCCCUGACAGACAGACAGCGAGCCUGGGGGCUGGACUCCCUGACUGAAAAUGUGCACCUCAUCACUCCAAAGAGCAGUUAAAGACAGUGUUGGAUGUUUAGAGAGCUUAGAGUAGCAGAUCUCAGCUAUUUUAUUGCAAACACAAGUCCUGGGCAUUUUUUAAUGUUUUUAAAUCGUUUGGACACCCGUUCUUCUCCUCUGUAUUUUGGGCAAGAAGGGGGAUUAAUGGAAAUAGAGUGCAAAGACAAGAUCAGCAAGUACUGUUGAUUGAUUCAGGGAAACUUACAAGUGUUGUAUCACUUCACGAACCUCCGUCAUAGAGGCCAUAUAGUCAAGUCAAGAUAAAUCAAGUCACUUUAUUUAUAUAGCACAUUAAAAAACAACAGGGGUUGACCCAAAGUGCUUUACAAAUGUGGCAGAAGAUUAGAUGAAUAAUACAUAAAAGGCAAGAUUAAAAAAUAACAGGCACAAAAAAGAUAAAAACUAACUAAUAUAUGGCCCCCAUGAUGGUUUGUUUUUUUUUUUUUUUUACAUUUGAAUGACUGAAUUAAUAAAACUGAUUUGUUUAAGAA